AUUCGUCCAUGACCCUCAAGCGAGAGCUUCCUGUGGCUUUUGAACGGAGUCUGUGAGGAUGGCGGCAAACGAGCUGGUUUUCUUUGUGAACGGCAAGAAGGUGGUGGAGAAGAAUGCAGACCCAGAAACAACUCUGCUGGUUUAUCUUCGCAGAAAGCUGGGUUUGAAUGGGACCAAACUGGGCUGUGGAACAGGAUUCUGCGGAGCCUGCACCGUGAUGCUGUCCAAGUUUGACCGGCUACAGAACAAAGUUGUCCACUUCACUGCCAAUGCUUGCCUGGCCCCCAUCUGCGCCCUGCACCAUGUCGCUGUGACGACUGUGGAAGGGAUCGGAAGCACCAAGACCAAACUGCAUCCUGUGCAGGAGAGGAUUUCCAAAAGCCACGGCUCCCAGUGCGGGUUCUGCACCCCAGGCAUCGUCAUGAGCAUGUACACGCUGCUCCGGAAUAACCCCGAGCCCUCCAUGGAGGAGAUAGAGAAUGCUUUCCAAGGGAACCUGUGCCGCUGCACGGGAUACAGACCCAUCCUGGAGGGUUUCAGGACCUUUGCUAAAGACAGAGGAUGCUGUGGGGGAAAGGGGAAGGACCCAAACUGCUGCCUGAACAAAGAGGAAAAGAGUACGGUCACACUCUCGCCAUCCUUGUUCAAUCCUGGAGAAUUCCUGCCCUUAGAUCCCACUCAGGAGCCCAUCUUCCCACCGGAGCUGCUGCUGCUCAAAGACGCCCCUCGGAGGCAGCUACGUUUCCAGGGGGAGCGCGUCACAUGGAUCCAGGCGGCCACCCUGGAGGAGCUGCUGGACCUCAAAGCUCAGCACUCGGAUGCCGUGCUGGUGGUGGGGAACACCAGAGUGGGGAUUGAGAUGAAGUUUGGCAACAAGGUGUUCCCGAUCAUAAUUUGUCCGGCCUGGAUCCCCGAGUUGAAUGCUGUGGAGCAUGGAACAGAGGGCAUCUCCUUUGGGGCCUCCUGUACACUGAGCUCCUUGGAGGAGACACUGGAAGCAGCCGUGGCCACUCUCCCUGCCCACAAGACGGAGGUGUUCCAGGGCAUCCUGGAGCAGAUGCGCUGGUUUUCUGGGAAGCAGGUCAAAUCUGUCGCAUCCAUCGGAGGGAACGUCAUAGCUGCCAGUCCGAAUUCAGACUUCAACCCCGUGUUCAUGGCGAGUGGAGCCAAACUGACGCUGGUGUCCAAAGGAAAGAGAAGAACCGUCCGGAUGGACCAAACAUUCUUUACUGGCUUCAGAAAGAUGAUCCUCACCCCACAGGAGAUACUGCUCUCCAUUGAGAUCCCCUACAGCCAAAAGAAUGAAUACUUCUCAGCUUUCAAGCAAAUCUCCCGCCAUGAUGAAGAUUUUGCCAAGGUGACCUGUGGAAUGAGGGUCCAGUUUAAGCAGGAUACCACUCAGGUACAGAAGCUGGAGAUGAGCUUUGGCGGACUGGGAGAUAAAACCCUUCAGGCCCUGGAGACCAGCAGAAAGCAGACGGGAAGAUUUUGGGAUGAGUCGCUGCUGGCAGACGUGUGUGCUGGACUGGAGGAGGAGUUCCGCUUGGCUCCCGAUGCGCGGGGUGGGAUGGUGGAGUUCCGGCGCAUGCUCACCCUCAGUUUCUUCUUCAAGUUCUACAUCUCGGUGCUCCAGAAACUCAAGAAAUGCAGCGUCAGAGGGAAGUGUGGCAGCCUGGAUCCCACCUGGCUCAGUGCCGUGGCCCCUUUCCAGAAGCAUCCAGCCACCAGUGUCCAGCUCUUCCAGGAAGUGCCCAAGGGUCAGUCUGAGGAAGACAUGGUAGGUCGGCCUUUGGCCCACCUCACGGCAGCCAGGCAGGCCACUGGGGAGGCUGUGUACUGCGACGACAUCCCUCUGUAUUCCAACGAGCUCUACCUGCGGCUGGUCACCAGCACCAAGGCCCACGCCAGGAUCAAGUCUAUCGAUGCAUCAGAAGCUCAGAAAGUCCCAGGAUUUGUCCACUUCCUCUCAGUUGCUGAUGUUCCUGGGAGCAACAUCACUGGACUAGAAAAGGAUGAGACGGUCUUUGCGGAUGGUGAGGUCACUUGCGUUGGGCACAUCAUCGGAGCCGUGUUGGCCGACACCCCUGAGCAUGCCCAGAGAGCUGCUCAAGCCGUGAAGAUCACCUACGAGGAGCUCCCGGCAAUCAUCUCCAUCGAGGAUGCCAUAAAGAAUAAGUCCUUUCAUAAGACUUCCUUUCUGUCGACAAUGGAGAAAGGAGACCUCCAGAAGGGUUUUGCUGAAGCCGAUCACAUCCUUGAAGGAGAGGUGCACGUUGGGGGGCAGGAGCACUUCUACCUGGAGACUCAUAGCUGCAUUGCCAUCCCGAAAGGUGAAGAAGGAGAGAUGGAGCUUUUUGUAGCCACGCAGUGCCCAAUGAUAAUUCAGGAUUUUAUUGCCAAGGCCUUGGGUGUCCCAUCCAACCGGAUCGCAGUUCGUGUGAAGAGACUGGGAGGAGGCUUUGGAGGGAAAGAUCCCAGAACCGCGCUGCUGAGCACAGUGGUUGCUGUGGGAGCCCACAAGACUGGCCGCCCCGUACGCUGCAUGCUGGACCGAAAUGAGGACAUGCUGGUGACGGGCGGAAGGCAUCCCUUCAUGGCCCGCUAUAAGGUUGGCUUCAUGAAAGAUGGGAGAGUCGUGGCUUUGGAGGUCGAUCACUACAGCAACUCAGGCAACUCUUUAGAGUUCUCCGAGAGUGUCAUGCAGAAAGCUUUAUACCACAUGGACAAUUGCUAUAAAAUCCCCAACCUCCGGGGCACCGGGAAACUGUGCAAGACCAACCUGCCCUCCAACACGGCCUUCCGGGGCUUCGGGGCGCCCCAGGUGAUGCUAAUCACCGAGUCCUGGAUGAGCCAAGUUGCUGUGAAGUGUGGACGCCCGCCUGAAGAAGUGCGGAGGUUGAACAUGUACGAGGACGGGGACCUGACUCAUUUUAACCAGAAACUGGAGGGGUUCACGCUGUCCCGAUGCUGGUCUGAAUGCCUGGAGAGCUCCCAGUACCAUGCCAGGCGGAGGGAGAUUGAGAAGUUUAACAGGGAGAAUUAUUGGAAGAAGAGAGGAUUGGCUAUAAUUCCCAUCAAGUUUGGGCCUGGCUUCGAUCCUUCCUUCCUAAACCAGGGUGGUCUAAGCUUCUUCCUACAGGGUGGCGCUCUGGUGCACGUGUACACUGAUGGUUCAGUGCUUCUUACCCAUGGUGGGGUCGAGAUGGGCCAAGGACUUCACACCAAGAUGACCCAGGUGGCCAGCAGAGUCCUGGGAAUCCCAAUGUCCAAGAUCUACAUCUGUGAGACGAGCACCAGCACGGUGCCCAACACCACCUCAACGGCUGCCUCCGUCAGCACAGACAUCAACGGGAUGGCCGUCCAGGCUGCGUGUAAAACAAUUUUGGAAAGGCUGAAGCCGUUCAAGGAGAAAAACCCCACGGGCUCUUGGGAAGACUGGGUGACCGCCGCCUACUUGGCUCCUGUGAGCUUGUCAGCGACGGGAUUUUACAACUUUGAGAUCACCUCGAAGAAUCCCUUCUUCUACUUCACCUUUGGCGCGGCAUGCUCCGAAGUAGAGAUCGACUGCCUGACAGGUGAACACAAGAACAUCCGUACGGACAUCGUCAUGGAUGUCGGCACCAGUCUGAACCCGGCCAUCGAUAUCGGGCAGGUGGAGGGGGCCUUCGUCCAGGGCCUUGGACUCUUUACCCUGGAGGAGCUGCGCUAUUCCCCCGAGGGGAGCCUGCUGACCCGAGGACCCAACACCUACAGGAUCCCUGGUUUUGGUGACAUCCCCACCAAGUUCAACGUGUCUCUGCUCCGGGACUGCCCCAACCGGAAAGCCAUCUUUGCAUCCAAGGCUGUCGGGGAGCCACCCCUCUUCCUCUCCGCCUCCAUCUUUUUCGCCAUCCACGAUGCCAUCGGUGCAGCCCGAGCCCAGCAAUCAGAGAGGCAAUUGGACCCGCUUUUCCAACUGGACAGCCCGGCCACCCCGGAGAGGAUCCGCAACGCCUGCGUGGACAGGUUCAGCGCUAUGCUUCGCCCUGAGGAAUCCUCCGAUUAUACGCCGUGGUCUGUGAGAGUCUGAAAGGAAAGUCCAGGGCCAAAUUUUUGCUCAUAUCGCCUAAUGCUUUGAGAUCUAAUCCAGCAAAUCCCUAAAGUCAUAGCUGGCUAUUUACUCUACUUGAACCCUCGCAGCCCAGCAGCACUAAACCAAACUCAUUUAGCUCAUGGAGAAACAUCGUCCCUCGAUUACAUUACACUAACGGCUCUCAUCUCUCUUUACCCACAUAUUCAAUCUGUUACCAAAUCCUUCCAAUCAUUCAAUCAAUAAAUCUGUAUUUGUUGAGGGCUUACUCUGUGCAGAGCACUGUACUAAGUCCAUGGGAGAAUACAACUGAAUUGGUUGAUACAUUUCCUGCGCACAAGAAGAUGAACAGCCUCCAUGACUUUUCUAGUAUCCUUCCCUUCCUCUUUCUCCAAACAUCUACGAUGCUGACUGGUCCAAGCACUGUCAGCUUACUAUGUGCCCAGCACCAUAUUUAACACUGGGGUAGAUACGAGUUAAUCAGUUUGGACACAGUCCCUGUCCUACAAGGGGCCCACAGGUGCCCUGUUUGGCAGUAUGACAGCUUUCAGAGCAAGUAUCCCCCUCAAGAGAGUCAUCAGCAGAAGCCUAAUGGGAAGUUGGAGAACAGGAUCAGGAAUUUCUAGGCCAAUUGUAGACCCUUGGGCUGGAGAGGUUGUAGAUAUCGCCAAACUUUCUGCACCUAUGCUGCCAUAGUCUCUAGGACUGCUCCUGCAUCCAUCUUGUCAAGAAGCAUCAAUCGGGAGAAAUGAGAACAGUGAAUCCAAUCCUUGUUGAACAAGAUUGGUGGAAGAUCCAACCCCAGAAAAGAAGAUCAGGUCCAUGAGGGGAGUACCUAGUGCCAGCUCACUCGCCUUAAGCAACCAAAAUGUUCCAGUCCCAACAAUGACCUGCAGUCUGGACAGCUGUGGUCGCCUGGUCUGUUGUUCUCUCUUGGAAGGUGACAAUAGCAGUAGGCUGUUCCUGGAGAAGAAUGCUGCACCCAUACUGCAAUGGGAGGUGGAGAGUGUCCUGUGAUUUGCACUGUCGUAUGGAUUGUGGGAACUUUCAUGGUAUUUGGAGGAGAUUGAGUGGGGUGAAUGAUAUCUGAACCUGGUAAAUCUGGGGAUUUUCAGGAGAGUGGAGGUAGAGGACAGGAAGCAGUAAGGGAAUGGUGAUUCACAUAUUCAUGUUGGCCAUUCACUGGAGUUUUGUGAGACUGAGAAGAUCCUAUGUGUGCAGUUGUGUUUCUUUUAUGACCUGGAUUUACAUGGACUGUUGGAGGAUGGAUUUGGAGAGUGGAUUUUAGAUUGUGAAUAAAGGGCAGGAUUGCUGAGCCCAUACUAAUUGAAGAGC